CAGGUGGCUGUACCCGCACGGUUCCCAGCUAAUUCCCCGCUACCGGGUUGCGGCCGGAAGCCGGGUGCCGCGGCUCUGCUUCCCUCGGGGAUCUGGUGACAUGGCCAGAAAGGCUCUCAAGCUUGCUUCGUGGACCAGCAUGGCUCUUGCUGCCUCUGGCAUCUACUUCUACAGUAACAAGUACUUGGACCCUAAUGACUUUGGCGCUGUCAGGGUGGGCAGAGCAGUUGCCACGACGGCUGUCAUCAGUUACGACUACCUCACUUCCCUGAAGAGUGUCCCUUAUGGCUCAGAGGAGUACUUGCAGCUGAGAUCUAAGGUGCACCUUCGCUCUGCCAGGCGUCUCUGUGAGCUCUGCUGUGCCAACCGGGGCACCUUCAUCAAGGUGGGCCAGCACCUGGGGGCUCUGGACUACCUGUUGCCAGAGGAGUAUACCAGCACGCUGAAGGUACUGCACAGCCAGGCUCCACAGAGCAGCAUGCAAGAGAUCCGCCAGGUCAUCCGAGAAGAUCUGGGCAAGGAGAUCCAUGAUUUGUUCCAGAGCUUCGAUGACACCCCUCUGGGGACUGCCUCCCUGGCCCAGGUCCACAAGGCAGUGCUGCAUGAUGGGCGGACGGUGGCCGUGAAGGUCCAGCACCCAAAGGUGCGGGCUCAGAGCUCGAAGGACAUUCUCCUGAUGGAGGUGCUUGUUCUGGCUGUGAAGCAGCUAUUCCCAGAGUUUGAGUUUAUGUGGCUUGUGGAUGAAGCCAAGAAGAACCUGCCUUUGGAGCUGGAUUUCCUCAAUGAAGGGAGGAAUGCUGAGAAGGUGUCCCAGAUGCUCAAGCAUUUUGACUUCUUGAAGGUCCCCCGAAUCCACUGGGACCUGUCCACGGAGCGGGUCCUCCUGAUGGAGUUUGUGGAUGGCGGGCAGGUCAAUGACAGAGACUACAUGGAGAGGAACAAGAUUGACGUCAAUGAGGUGAGGUCAAGAGCUCAGGGCUGCUGUGCCGGGGAACGUGGCCUUGGUCAAGGCUGCCCAGGAAGUGCCUGUGUGUCCAGGAGCAGCGAAAAGGUCUCACAUUUGCUUUCAGCAAAUGAUUUCUCGAGCAGCUACCAUGUGCAAGCACUGAGUGCACUUGCUAUAAUAGAGAUCUCACGCCACCUGGGCAAGAUGUAUAGUGAGAUGAUCUUCGUCAAUGGCUUCGUGCACUGCGAUCCCCACCCCGGCAAUGUACUGGUGCGGAAGCACCCCGGCACGGGAAAGGCGGAGAUUGUCCUGUUGGACCAUGGGCUUUACCAGGUGCUCACGGAAGAAUUCCGUGUGAAUUACUGCCACCUCUGGCAGUCUCUGAUCUGGACUGACAUGAAGAGAGUGAAGGAGUACAGCCAGCGACUGGGAGCUGGGGAUCUCUACCCCUUGUUUGCCUGCAUGCUGACGGCGCGAUCGUGGGACUCCGUCAACAGAGGCAUCAGCCAAGCUCCCGUCACUGCCACUGAGGACUUAGAGAUUCGCAACAACGCGGCCAACUACCUCCCCCAGAUCAGCCAUCUCCUCAACCACGUGCCGCGCCAGAUGCUGCUCAUCUUGAAGACCAAUGACCUGCUGCGUGGCAUUGAGGCCGCCCUGGGCACCCGCGCCAGCGCCAGCUCCUUUCUCAACAUGUCACGUUGCUGCAUCAGAGCGCUAGCUGAGCACAAGAAGAAGAAUACCUGUUCAUUCUUCAGAAGGACCCAGAUCUCUUUCAGCGAGGCCUUCAACUUAUGGCAGAUCAACCUCCAUGAGCUCAUCCUGCGUGUGAAGGGGUUGAAGCUGGCUGACCGGGUCUUGGCCCUAAUAUGCUGGCUGUUCCCUGCUCCACUCUGAGUGGAAUUGCUCUCCCUGCCCCAUUCUGGUGUCUUUCCACUCCUCAGCCCCUCAUCUUGCCUCCACCCAGCUGCUCCAUUUUUGCCACAUCGUGGCCCGCAGCCCCAGAGUCACUGUCCAUGUCACCAUCCUCCUCCUCCUUUGGAAUCCUCUCCGCACACUGUGGCCCUUGUCUCAGGGCCCACAAGCUGAACUGUGGCAUAGCUCUCUCUUCUUCUCCAAGAAGACUCAGCAGCCUACAUUCCCAUUCCUGGUAUGUGCCAUUGGGUUGGAUGUCCCCACUACUUCUGUUAACCCUUCCCAUUGUCAAGAUGUGCCACGGGUGCCACUGGGGGCACACUGAACUUGUAGGGAGUGUGAUUUUGUUGGAGGUGAACAUGGUCUCUGAACUUGACAGAGAACACCUUCCCUUUCCUUGCCAUGUCACCCUCCAGAGGAAGUCACACCUCAGCAAGGUGGUUUGGCAUCUGGGGCCAACUCCAUUACAGCUAUGAGCUCACUGCUGUCAGUGACCUUUGGUGUUUUCUGUACUGUGUUUCAAUAAAAACUCCUUCAAGGUUG